CAAAUUUUAGACGUCGAACUGUUAACAAGUUUUGUGAAUGUGUAAGCGGUAAUAGUCGGUCGUGAAUAGUGGAAGAGAAAAACUAUGGAAAUUUAUAAAGCUUUAACCCUAAGUAUUUUCUGCAUACUCCAAAUAACACACACCGGAACUGAGCCAACCUUUGUUGAUGAAUACGUUCACAUAAAAUUACAUGUGCCCAAGAAUAUAAUACACAAACAUAUCCAUCAUUAUCAUCAUCGGCGGAAACCGCAGAAGAAACCACCACCUCCUUUGUCUGGUCCCCUAUUGGAGAAUAUUAUAUUAUCUGAAUUGGAUAAACCUCAGAAUGAUAUAGCUGAACCCGUCAACCAUGAACCGGAAGUUUCUAAUGUCGACACCUACACCGUUAUAGAGGAAACGGUGAAGAAGCCAUUGCCUCCUCCGCCACCGCCACCAAUUCAGCAUGUUGAAACCUUGCGUAUAAUUGAGAAAAAGCCAGCGCCGACUAUAAAAGUAGUUACUGAUGAGCCAUGGCAAUAUUAUCAGCAAGAUUCGGGAUAUCGAAAGGAACAACCUUAUCACGAGACCAUCAAAAUCAUAUCGGAACAUGAGCCCCAUUAUCAUACACCUGCCCCUAUAUACGAACCAGUCAAGCCAAAAGAGGAGAUAAUAAAAGUUAUUGAACCUUCGGGUUAUCAUGGACCCUUUGAAGAAUAUAAAGGUUGGAAGAGUCCUCACUAUGAAUAUGAAGACUUUGCUACUAAGGGUGCCCAUAAUUCCGGUCAGGAAGAUUAUGUAAUUUAUGAAAAGCCCAAAUAUGUCAGACCAGAAAAAGAAGAAGCCCCUAUCUAUUAUGGCAAAUAUUCAAAAUAUAAAGAAGCUGAGUCUUACGAGGCAAUCCCAAGUUAUAGCAAACAUGAAUAUCAUGAAAAUAUACCCAAAACAUAUAAAUCCCCAUCAUAUCAUGAGAAAUCGAAAUCUCAUUAUGAAUAUAGACCUCCUGCACGUCCGGCGGAAUAUAUUCCAGAUACCAUUAAGGAAUAUGUAGAACCCGAAAGAGAAACAAAAUACUAUGUUCCGAAACAAGAAUUUCGAGAUACCAUCAAGGAAUAUGUGGAACCCAAAGAAGAACCGAAAUAUUAUGUUCCGAAACAGGAAAUCCGGGAGCCUUAUUCCCCUCCGAAGCCAUUAUACGAACCUUCUGUUGAAGAUUAUCACCAUGUUCCCAAACAACAAAGCUAUCAUCAGCCAUCUUAUCCCAAAUAUCAGCAUGCCGAACAUGAAGAACAUUUGCACAGCGAGGAAUCAAAGUAUUAUGUUCCAAAGGAGAAAAGUAGUCACCGAGAUCCUCCAAAAUCAUAUAAUCAGCAUUUAACGUCUUCGGGUUAUAAAGCACAUCACAGUGAAUAUGAAUCCCCACAUUAUCCUGACAAUAAUCAGCACUCCUAUGGUCAACACAAUUUUCCUCCGGCCUAUGCCAGUGAUGGUGGUUAUGAACACCAACCACCAUCAUCGGGUCCCUACACUUAUGAAAAACCAACACGAUAUCCUAAAGAUACAGUACACAAAGAGGUCACCGCUCCCUCUCAAGUUCACCACAACACCCUUUUGGAUGAGUUGCCGAAAGAAGUCCCUCCCCUAUCGAAACCAUAUUCGAACAUUGAUUGGCCCGAAGGGUUUGCGCGAACACCUACCACAGAAACCUAUUCCGGCCACGAUAGUUACAGUGCCGGAAAUGUUCAGGGCUUGGAUGGUGAUUAUUACAACGAUACAUAUCCCUGAUGAGCAAAUAACGUUCGGUUUUUGGUUGUUAAAUGUUU